AGAGAAUAUUAUUCCAAGUAUUAAAGGUUAUUAGAGAAACGAGAAAUGGCCCCGACAGAGUUGGUCUCAGUGGAAACCCCAAUAGUUGGAAAAGGUCCAUUUUACCCACCUGGGUUUUUGAAAAAGGUGGUGGCAGAGAUGAUAGCUACCUUUCUGCUGGUGUUUGUAACAUGUGGUUCAGCUGCUCUUUCAGCGAGUGAUGAACGCAAAGUCUCAAAGCUUGGAGCUUCCAUGACCGGAGGGCUUAUAGUGACGGUGAUGAUCUACGCAGUUGGGCACAUAUCUGGGGCACACAUGAACCCGGCCGUCACUCUAGCUUUUGCUGCCUUUAGACAUUUUCCAUGGAAACAGGUGCCAAUUUAUGCGGUAGCACAACUAACAGGAUCAAUAUCUGCCUCAUUUACUCUGUCUCUACUAUUGCACCCUAUUAAGCACGUGGGCACUACAUCACCUUCUGGAUCAGAGCUUCGAGCUGUAGUCACAGAGAUAAUCGUGACAUUUCUAAUUUCUAUGAUGUUCAUCACUUCAGCGGUCGCCACCGAUACUAAAGCUAUAGGAGAGCUAGCAGGUAUAGCCGUUGGGUCUGCGGUAUGCAUAACAUCCAUCUUUGCUGGACCAAUAUCAGGUGGAUCUAUGAAUCCAGCAAGGACAAUAGGACCAGCACUUGCUAGUUCAUAUUACAAUGGGAUUUGGAUCUACAUGGUAGGACCAGUGAUCGGAACACUACUAGGGGCAUGGGCUUACAGCUUCAUUCGGGUCAGUGACAAGCCGGUUCAGGCAAUACCACGGCGUUCACUUUCACACCAGCUUCGUCAAGUGAGCGAUGUUAAUGGUGGGCAGGCUGUUACCAGCUGCGAAGACCCUCUAGAUUUAGCUUGAAAUGUCCAUCUGUAUAUAUGCAGAAUAU